UUCCCGUCCGGCCCAUGUACAUAAACAGCCGGACGGGAGCGCUGGCGGAGCGGGUGGACAUUUCUAAACAUCCCCCCACAUCCAUUGCCUGUGCGCGAGCCCUGGGAGCUUGCGGCACCAUGAUCAGAACACAGAUCGCUGUACGGGCCUUUGUGUGAGGUCCCGAUUCAUGUGAUCACAUGAAUAUGAAAUCUGUGAAUGAUCACAGAGGUCACAUGGUACAAAGCUAUUUACAACAGCCUUGUACCAUGUGACAAGCUGUGACCAAUCACAAACCUCAUA